UUUGUGGUGCCGCCGCCGCCGCCGUCCCCCUUUCCUCCGCGGGGCUGGCCGCGGGGCGGGCGAUGCUCCGGGCUCCGUGAGCCGCCCCCCGCGUCCCGCCGCCCUCGGCCGCGUCGCCCCGCGGAGCUGCGCGCAAGAGCCCGGCGCGGCCCCGCGGGUGCCCGGCGGGUCCCUCGCUGCUGCUGCGCGCAGGUCGGCGGCCGCAGGAUGCCGCGGAGGGGCGCGGAGGCGCCGCUCGCCCUGCUGCUGGCCGCGGCGUGGCUGGCGCAGCCGCUGCGCGGUGGCUACCACGGGCUGAGCAUGUUCGCCGUGCAGACGGCGCAGCCCGACCCCUGCUACGACGAGCACGGGCUGCCCCGCCGCUGCAUCCCCGACUUCGUCAACUCGGCCUUCGGCAAGGAGGUGAAGGUGUCGAGCACCUGCGGGAAGCCGCCGUCGCGGUACUGCGUGGUCACGGAGAAGGGCGAGGAGCAGGUCCGCUCCUGCCACCUCUGCAACGCCUCCGACCCCAAGCGCGCCCACCCGCCCUCCUUCCUCACCGACCUCAACAACCCGCACAACCUGACGUGCUGGCAGUCCGACAGCUACGUGCAGUACCCGCACAACGUCACCCUCACCCUCUCCCUCGGCAAGAAGUUCGAGGUGACCUACGUGAGCCUGCAGUUCUGCUCGCCGCGCCCCGAGUCCAUGGCCAUCUACAAGUCCAUGGACUACGGCAAGACCUGGGUGCCCUUCCAGUUCUACUCCACGCAGUGCCGCAAGAUGUACAACAAGCCCAGCCGCGCCACCAUCACCAAGCAGAACGAGCAGGAGGCCAUCUGCACCGACUCGCACACCGACGUGCGGCCCCUCUCCGGCGGCCUCAUCGCCUUCAGCACCCUGGACGGCCGCCCCACGGCCCACGACUUCGACAACUCGCCCGUGCUGCAGGACUGGGUGACGGCCACCGACAUCAAGGUGACCUUCAGCCGCCUCCACACCUUCGGCGACGAGAACGAGGACGACUCCGAGCUCGCCCGCGACUCCUACUUCUACGCCGUGUCCGACCUGCAGGUCGGCGGGCGCUGCAAGUGCAACGGCCACGCGUCCCGCUGCGUGCGCGACCGCGACGACAACCUGGUGUGCGACUGCAAGCACAACACGGCCGGCCCCGAGUGCGACCGCUGCAAGCCCUUCCACUACGACCGGCCCUGGCAGAGAGCCACGGCCCGGGAGGCCAACGAGUGCGUGGCCUGCAACUGCAACCUGCACGCUCGGCGCUGCCGCUUCAACAUGGAGCUGUACAAGCUGUCGGGGCGCAAGAGUGGCGGCGUCUGCCUCAACUGCCGGCACAACACAGCCGGCCGGCACUGCCACUACUGCAAGGAGGGCUUCUACCGCGACCUCAGCAAGCCCAUCUCCCACCGCAAGGCCUGCAAAGAGUGCGAUUGCCAUCCCGUGGGCGCCGCCGGCCAAACCUGUAACCAAACCACGGGCCAAUGUCCCUGUAAGGACGGCGUCACCGGCAUCACGUGCAACCGAUGCGCCAAGGGCUACCAGCAAAGCCGCUCUCCCAUUGCCCCCUGCAUAAAGAUCCCCGCCGCUCCCCCCACCACCGCCGCCAGCAGCACGGAGGAACCUGCAGACUGUGACUCAUACUGCAAAGCCUCCAAGGGGAAGCUGAAGAUCAACAUGAAGAAGUACUGCAAGAAAGACUACGCUGUCCAGAUCCACAUCCUGAAAGCAGAAAAAAAUGCCGACUGGUGGAAGUUCACGGUCAACAUCAUCUCCGUCUACAAACAAGGCAGCAACCGGAUACGGCGUGGAGACCAGACCCUGUGGAUCCAUUCCAAGGACAUAGCCUGCAAGUGCCCCAAAAUCAAGCCCAUGAAGAAGUACCUGCUGCUGGGCAACAACGAGGACUCUCCCGACCAGAGCGGCAUCAUUGCGGACAAAACCAGCCUGGUGAUCCAGUGGCGGGAUACGUGGGCCCGGCGGCUCAGGAAGUUCCAGCAGCGGGAGAAGAAGGGCAAGUGUAAGAAAGCCUAAAGGAGGAGAAGGCGAUGGAGCGCGCGAGAGUGAGAGUCUGAGUGUGCAUGCUGCUUUGUGUAGGGCUGGGGCGGGCAGGGCCGGCGCGGGGGAAAGCUGCGGCACCGUGUGCGCUGUGGGGCACGGCCGUGCCAGGCGGGCGCCUCACAUCCCAGGAUAAAAAAAGGAAAAAAAAAUACACAACAAACCACCAACGGCAAAAUCACAGACAUGGCAGUUUAACACCACCGUGAGAGGAGGGGGGACGCGGGUGUGCGGCGCUGCUGAUGCUGCCCCUUGGCUGGAGGAUCCGGAGACACCAAACUGCUUACAGCUGCUGACACCGGCUGCGGCCAAAGCCCAGGCUGGGAACACCGAGGCUGCAAGAAACAAAUCAACAACAAUGCUGGAAAUGAGCCCCCCUCCCCAGAAUACACACAGUGAGCUGAGAUUGAACCUAAGAAGAACCUAAGAGGAGGCUCAGUGCUGAGGACCGGCCGGUGCGGGUUGUGCCAGGGCUCCUCGGCCAUGAUGCUCCCCCGCAGCGCACGGCCUGGGGCAGGACGAGGUCUCUGCGUGCUGAUCCCGCAGCACCGGGUGAGCCUCCCACAGGCACCGAGCGAGCACCACCUGAGGUAGCGACUGCCACUCGGGUGGCCUGGUCCCCUCCUGGCCACAGGUUCCCACUCAAGGAGUUCAUAACCCAAGGAAACACGCAGAAAAAAAAAAAAAAAAGAAAAAUUGGCAUCCCAUAGGUGCUCUGAAAAGCCUCACCCCAGUGUAACCGCAGUCUCCAUCCACGGCCACCCCGAUACCUUCAUGGGCUUGGCCCUUCCUGCUGCCGCCCUCAGGCACAUGCUGGGAGCAGAGCCCCCGGCUGGCAGCGGCUGGGCUCUGGCCUCAGCCACCCCCCGAAAGCACCGCGGCGCUGCCCCCGCUCCCUCGGGAGCAGCCUGCUGCCCCGGCAGGUGCCCCCUGGGGACGCAGGGAGGCAGGACAGCGGGUGCCAAGGCUUUGCCUGCCCCGCGGGACCGGGGGGCAAGGUCUGGCCCACCACAGCUCCCCGGGUUGCUCUUCCCCUUCCGCCGGGGUGAGAGGAGCUGAUCAGCCCAGAGGGAAUGGUGUUCCCAACCUAACCUCUAAUGUCUGAAGCCAGGCAGUAGCCGCAUCAUCUCCAUCUCCCACCCCAGGGGCACCCGUCCUGGGGCAGGGUGUGGGCAGAUGGGGUGCUGAGCCGUUCAGCACCCAGCCGGAGCCCCUGUGCCAGCAAGAGCCGGGGUGGAAGGGCGGGGAGGGCAGGCCAGGUACCUGGAGGGGAAGCAAACAUUCAAGUUGCUCCGAAAAGCAAAACCUCCCUGAUAUUUUUCCUUUUAGGAAACUUGGAAACAUCCAUUUUAUGACAUUUUCCAGUGGUUUUGCCUUGUUUUAUAGCAAUUGACAAUAUUUAUAUAAUGACAUAAACUACCAUAAAGCGAGGCAGCCAUGUAAAUAGGUGUAAAGGGGAGGGCUCCCAGGGAAGCCCCGGCCAGCGCCACGUGCUGGAGCCACGGCGGGGAGGGCGCGAGCUCCGCAGAGCCCCCCCAGCCGCGCGGCCCUGUAGAAAUGAAUUGGGGUACCAGGAAAUUCAGGGGCACCAAGCGACCCACCCCACCAAGCCGCAGCUGCCCCCCCUUACUCCAGGCAGACUCGGUCUUCUUCACUUCAGGGCUCAAGGACAGCCAGCAGAUUUGCAGCUGAGGGAACCCAAGCCACAAAGAAAGACAAAAUCUGAGCUUCAGUGUCCAAAUGGAGGCCUAAAGCCCCAAAGCGGGGCCAGAUGCUCCCCUCCAGCCGGCAUCGGGGGAUGCCCGGGGCAGCCUGGUCCCCGUUUAGCCAGGUGACCCCGUUGCUCCCAACAGCCCCAAAGCAGCAGGAUCCAGCCCCAAAUUUCUUCUUCACCCGCACAGCGGGAAGGUGAGGCCAGGGGACUCGGGGCUGCCCAUGCCGCACACCCCGUGCUCCCUCAGCCCCUUCCCAAGCCCGGCGAGCACUGGGUGCCCCCCAGCACCCCCCUGGGGACAAGCCCCGGCCCUUUCACUGACGCUGGUGUUUGGGAGGCAGUGGGAUUAACGCCGCCCGCCCGCUGCCUGCCGAGCCCAGCAGAUCGGGAAUGGGGCUUGCACAGGGCGAGAGCAGCUCGGGGAUCCCAAGCCCCCGUCCCCAUCCCCCUGCCAGCCCGCUCCAAGGUGGCUGCAGGAGUUCUGCGCUCACCAACAGGAGCGGAGACGCUCCAUCCGUGCUCCCAGUAAGCCCGACCUGCAGGAGCAGCUGGUACAACUGGCGCGCUUCCCCUCAGAAUGCCCCAAUUUCGGGGCGUCUGGGGAUGCAGCUGCUCCCCGCAGCCUCCCCCGCUCCAGGACACAUCCCGGGGGGGGGGGACCUCUGGUUGUCACCCAGCGGGGAGCAGAUCUCACCCCUAAGCAUCACCGCCUCGGCCAGGGGAGCAGCAGCCAGGGCGGGCAACAAGGAAAUCCCAUCAUAACCCCAAGGAACCGCAGCCCCCACCCACUGCCUGCCCUGCGCACCCCACGUCUCGGCCCCCGCGAACCGCCCCCGUCCCACAGCCAAGGAGGUGACAAAGAGCCGGGGGGGCACGAGCAGGGGCUGGGACGGGGCAAAGGGGCUGCGGCGCCUUCAGCGCGAGAUCGGAAAGCAGCUGAAAUGCCAAAACAAUCAUCACUCGACGGUAGCACCCGACAGGAGUUGUUUCGUCUCGUUUUUGUUCGUCUCGUCGUGUCCGUCCCCCCCGCACACCCGCUCCUCUCCGGUCACACAGACCUGUCACAAAACCUGUGUUCGUUGUUGUUUUUUUUUUUGUUUUUUUUUUUUGUUUGUUUGUUUUUGGUUAUUUCUGUUAAUAUCUUGAAUUGUAAAUGUUGUUUAGUUAUGACCAUUGCAUACGGCUUUGGGCGAUGUUUCUUUACAAUGCAUACUAAUAUAUUAUGGUUAUUAUAUAUGAAUAUAUUUAAUGACACGUGAAAAAAGUUGUGGAUUUUCUUAUUGUUUUUCUGAAUUAUUUCUUUUUUUUUUCUUUGUCUGUUUCGUUAGAUUGGCUGUAAUUGAACCCGAAAGAGCUUGUAACUGUUCAGCACCCACGCGGUAGAACUAAAGUCAGAACCAGUUGAAUAAACUCUUGUAAACCGUA